CGUCAUACCAACCAAUACAGAUUCUUCUAUAUAUUUGUUCAUCAUUCUGAUUUGAUUGACAACUAAGCGUUUUCAUAAUACGACUAUGGAUAAAACUCGAUACGACAAACCAUGAAAUUUACCCUUAAAACUUUUUAUAUUUAGUCCCACUAGUUCAAAAUAGGAUUGAAUUUCAAAUUCCAACUCAUUGUAUUUAGUUAUUAACUAUUGAGUACCGAUCAUCUAGAACAUUUUAACAGCUAGACAAGAAGUCAUGAUUGUACUCUCCCUAAAACGUACCUUUCCAUUUUUCACUGUACCGUAAAGAUAUGUUAUAAUGCACUUUGUAACCGAUGGACCCAAAUAAUAUUAAUUUAUGUGGUAAGAGGAAAAGCUUCUAGAAACCCUUUAACUCUUCUUCUUCUUCUCUCUCCAGUUUAGAUACCGACCGGUCACUGACUCAUCAUCCCCAGCCGAUUUCAGUACAGGCUCCGCCAGCUGACUCAGCAUCCGGAGGCACCGCAACUCAGCCGAGUCCCGAACGAGUGACAGCCGAGCCGAGCCGCUCCGUGUUUCGUGGAUACGGCUUGCCACACUCGCCCAGCCCAAUCAAAACAUCUGGGGCAUAGGAGGGAAAAUUACAUAACGGCCAGCUAAAUUUUUGAGUAACUAAAAACGGGUCUCCAAAACUUAAAAAUUUCGACAAACAAUCACUGGACUUUGAACUAAUUAACAGAAAGGUAGUGGUGAAUAAUGACUUCUAUCCAUCACCAUGUGAUUUUGCAUCCACAAUCAGUGAGUUGUAACUUGUAACGAAACUUGAAUGAUUUCGAGACUAUGUCUGCAGGGCGCUCGAUUAGAGGAUUUUCGGUCAAAAUUGCGACGGACCGCCGCAACUGUUCUUGCGGAGGUCUCGGCUUUCAUCCAGGGGGACUAAAGUUGGUGUGGAAGUGUGGUUACAGAGCAAUCGAGAUUGAGACCAACUCGCAGCUUGCCAUUCGGUUUAUUCAGAGCAAACUCGAUCAAAUUCAUCCAUAUGCUACUCAGUUAUUUGCGAUUCAAAGGAAACUUAGUCGAGAUUGGUUGGUUUGUUGUUACUCAUACAUACCAGAAAGGGAAUAGAGUAUCGAACAAUUUCUCGAACACACAGUCUCGCUAUCCCUAUGGUAUGUAUGAGCUAGCCGACCCACCACCCAAACUAGUUUCGAUCCUCCGAUAGGAUGUUUUAGGCAUCACUGCUCGUCCCUCUUCAUCUCUCUAAUCCCCUCCUGUAACUUUUUCUGUUUUCUUAGCUUCCUUCUAUAUCAAUGCAAAAAAAAAAAAAAAAAAAAAACAACUUGAAUGACUAUUAAGCAAUAAAUCCCUACGGAUAAGUCCUCACUGGAAAAUAGAACCCCCAACACAAAAACUUAACCAUGGUUCUCCCCCAAACAAGCAAAUAAAAACUCAACCAUGGUUAAAUAUAAGCCACAAAUCCCUCUCUCCCCUUACCGCACCGGCAUCGACCCCUUCCUAUAUAAACGCCUCAAAGGUCUUCCCCUCCAUGACCUAAAAUUCCCAACGGAAUCCUCUGAACCAUCAAUCCAAGCAAUCGGAAAAAACUUCCAACACCGAUCAAUCAAUCGGAGCAGAAAAAAUGGCAUCCGCCUCAUCUUUUCUCAGCCUGCCUUCUUCAUCUUCUCUAAUCGCCCCCAAUCUCGAAUCCGGGCGGUUUCACUCUUCGCAGCCGUCUCGAAUCGGGUUCCAGCCGCUCCGAGUCUCCGCCUCCUGCGCUUCCACCGCCGAGAGGGGGACCAGCACGUCCACAGCGGGAAGUCGCCGGCGAGGCGUCAACCCCGCCGCCGCCUCCUCGUUCUACGAGGUUCUGGGGAUCCCGAUGGGCGCAUCGUGCCAGGAGAUCAAGUCGGCGUACCGGAAACUGGCCAGAGUCCUCCACCCGGACGUCGCCGGCGAGGAGAGCGCGGCGAGCGAGUUCAUCGAAUUGCACAGGGCGUACGAGACGCUUUCCGAUCCGGCCAAGCGGGCCGAUUACGACCGGUCCCUAUUCCGGCUGGGGCGGUCGAUGAGCUACGCCUUCGUGAUGUCGGCCGCUUCGGGUUCGGGAUCGGGUUCCCGGUCCGGGUACACCAGCCGGAGGUGGGAGACUGAUCAGUGCUGGUGAAAAUCAGUAGGGACUGAUUUGCAAAGGGGGGAAAGAUGCUGGACUGUUUUGGAGCCUCUUAGAUCUAUGUAUAGGUAGUAGUAUUAGACUAGUUUAGAUCGAUUCAGAAAAUUAGAGCUCGAUUCUGAAAUUCGCCAUGUACGUAGCAAACCAACACCUUUCCUGAGUUCGGAUCUUCUGAUGAUGUAUCAGUUAACGGGCGGCAUUUUUUUUUUUCCCAGCCCGAGUUUCAAUGGAAUGUCCUUGGAUUUGAAUGAAUCAUUGUUGCAAAAUUUGAGGAUCAAAAUGGAAUUUGGUAGUUGGAAAAGUAUUGCAGUUUUGAUCUACACAACACACCAAGAAAGAUUUCUCUCAUGGGCUUCUAGAAGCAAAGCUCAAGUAUGGAAAGAGAGUAGCCAAUUGGCAUUCGGUAUCUAAAACGAAAUUCUCUAGUUUCUUCACUUCCCCCCUUUUGAUUUAGGUAGGACACAAAAUAAGCAUGGGACCCCAAAAGGGCAAUUUGGUACUCCCGUAUCAUCAGUUGGGAUCUCGAACAUAUCGUAAUUUUAGAAGUUCAUGGUUGAUAGUAUCAGAUCGUACAAGUCUGAAUCUCAUAUAUUUUAAUGACCAGAGUAAAAUUUACCAGUUCAGAUUGGUGAUGAUAAUUUAUGUAAUUAACAUGCGAGUAAAGUUAAUAAUUGAGAUAGAGAAGGGCAAAAUAUCAUGAUAUCAAGUCAUGUUAUGUUUGAUCAUUCCGACACCUAGAAAAAAAAAAUUCAAAAGGAAAGGCAAAAUAAGAUGCCAAUUAACCGGAAUGAGACUUUUCAGAUAAGGGGGAUCUAAGGUGUGGAGGGCAACCUAUGUUAAUUACAUUGAUGGUUAGUUUUGUUUGUAGUUUAUGUCCAUCCAAUGGUGUCUCUCUUGAUGGGGACUCGGGAAGGGAGACUAAAUAAUGCAUCACUUUAAUAAUAGUUUUUUUUAAAGUAAUUAAUGAUUCCGUCUCUGUCAUUAAAGAACGUAAAAAAGGAUUAGUGAAUAAUCAAUUAGCUGUCAACCUCAAUCAAUGGGGGAGAAGAGAACAAGGGGCGGUGACCCUGAAAUUAGUAAAAAACUAACCGUUGGCUGGAAGUUGAAGUUGAAGUUGGAUACCCGCCCGGGGCCAUAUAGUUGGAAAUGACCAAAAAAACAACAACAAACAAAUUAGUGGGAAACCAGUGGGCGCAGCAGCUCGAUUUUGCAGCUCACAUGGGUUGGUUGGUUCGGCCUUUUGUUGCCUUGUUUGUUGGUAAAUAUUAGACCAUAGUUUUCGUGACGUUCGAUGUGCUUUUACAAUUAAGCUUAAGAAACUAAGCCCACAGAAAUACCUGACGACAGAGUGGAGCGAUCCUAAUUCCUACAUGACUUCAACUAAUGAGCGACUCGUUGUCUACAUUGAAAAGGUUAGUGGUAGGAUAUAUUGUACUAAAAUUGUGAUUUAAUUACGGUUCACUAGUUUCGUAUAUCGUUACAAUCGCCUAUUUUUUGACGUUUGUGAUCCGGUACCCGAUAUUUUUUUCGGUCCGGCUAAACGGUGGAGUAUGGUAAGGUUUCGUAAACGUUGGUUGCAAAACACCGAUUUCGUAACACGAGUUUCAAAUUUAUGAUGUCAGGUAUUUGAGACAACUCAAUCUGUUAGUGGGGAGCUAUUUGUAGCAUACGAGGGAUCAUAAUGUCACUCCAUAUGUGUUUCAGAGAUUAUAACAUGUGGGAAUGUUUGAACAUACACUUGGAAGUGUUAGGAUACAAUCUGUUAACUUCUUGUCCAGUAUUUGGAUUGAAAUUUUAUGUUGUUGUUGCAUUUUUUUAAUCAAAGCCUCGUUGUAAUUGCCGACUACCCUAAGCAUCUACAUUGGUUGCAUCGGCGAUGUUCUUACCUUGCAAAACAGUAGGCUUCCGAGAUUUAUAAGACGUUUGGAUGGGGACAAUUGGAUGUGGCACUUUGCGCCAAUUGCUCCAAAAUUGAGGCAUUUGAGUUAGAAAAAAAAAGUCACGGGUGUGGCAUUUUGAAGCCCACGUUUUAUGAUAUUUGGAAAACAUAAGAAAUGGGUUUGUAUUUCCAUAUGAUGCAUUUUUUCCCCUCCUUCAAUGCUAUGUUUUUAAUUGUAGUAUUUUUCUUUUACAACAAAUAAAAACAUUCAAACAAGCCGUCGUCGUCAUCUGUGUCUAAUGACGCUCUUCUAGCGAAACAAGGGCGAACAUAUUGUUAGUAUCACUAAUCACCUGCACUUGGUUUCCAAGUAGGGAUGUUAAUAGGCAGAUUUUUGCCAUUAUCAUCCUCAUCCUCAUUCUCAUUUCCAAGAACUCAAACUCUUACUUGUCACUUACCCAUGUGGAGAGAGAUUUCACAACCUCAUCCACGUACCGUGGAUAAUGUCCGUUCGGUAUAUUCAGUAUUAUUGUACCUAGAAUAAAUAUAAUAAUUGACAUGACUUUCUUUGCGGAUCGGAAAAUAGGAGAACUUAACAAUGCAAGAAAAGGAAAGCAAGAAAGAAAGAAAAAACACACGGAAAACACACGAAUUUACAUGGUUCACUAAUACGAUGUGUGUUAGUUAGUCCACGGGCAGGAUAGAGUCACUUUCACUUAAUUUCGAGAAGAUACAGAUUACAAAGUAGUAUGAGAAGUAGCGCCAGAUAGUCCAAUUCAAGUCAAAUCAACAAUAAUUUAUAAUAAACAUGUAAAUAUUCGACUAUAACAUUUAAACAAACCUAAUAAACAGUAAAGUAUUAAAAAAAAAGGUACAAUCAUGAUUGAUAUGUCAAAACAUCCAGUCCUACAACAUUCAUUAUUCCACGAGACAAUCACUACUUUUGCUAUUCAAUCACUAUUUUUGCAUACAUAUAAUAAUACCCCUUUGCAAGUUCGAUGUGGUGUGAAUAUUGGUACCAUGGUACGUGGUGGGCGACCUAAAACCAUCCCCACCUCAUUUCAUCAAUUUUUUUCAUUUGAGUUUAUUCAUAUCUACCUCAUAUAUAAUAUACUAACUCUCUCUCUUAUUAUUAUUAUUUUUUUUUUGAAUAUGUUCGCUCUCCCUUCUCUCUAAAGGCCAACGCCUUUUCCCUUCUCAUCAGGGUUGCCGCCGAUUUUCCUUUGGUGACCGGCAGUGGCCCAAAAAUUUCCUUUUGCUGUUCUUUUCUAUAUUAUGCUUGUCCUGCGUUUUCCCCGUGCCCAUGGUGGCUUUUUCCGGACCUUCAUGGUCAUUCUCCAAGUGGUUCUAUCAACAAUGUUCUUUCAAGUUUCUAGAUCUCGUUUGGCUUUGCUCCUUGGAUCUGAAAAUUGCAACUUGGAGUGCUUCUAAUGGUGUGUUGCUGUUGGGGGGUCUACUCUUUGUUGGUGUGCUCAUCUCUUAUGGUGAGCAGAUUCACUGUUCCUCCCUUCCUUCUGUCACUGGUUUUCUUGAAGACGUUCUGUCGACUGAAGUAGGGGGUGUGGUGUCAUUUUCGGGGUCGUUGGUUUUGUUGAUCUGGCUUUCUCGAUAUGGUGAAAUUGAUUCUUCAUUUUUCCCAGUUCCUGGUCAUCCUAGCCCCCGGUUUCCUCGGCCUUUUCAGCUCAAAGAAUCUGGGUUUCAGCCUGCCCACUGCCGAGUAAUCCAUUCCAUGAGAUUCACUGUGAUGGGUCGUCUCUGAACGAUCCCCAGGUGGAGGCUUAUGGCGUUGCAAUGUUCAGUAGCCAUGGGCUUGUCUGGUUUCGGGCGAGUUAAAACCUUGCUUGUGCUGAUUGUUGUGGAAGCAUCCUGUUGUGGAGAUUCUUUUGUUGGAGAUCAAUCUAUUUCCUGUUCAUUUUCUGGCCUUCUCUUUUGAUUUAGAUUACUUUGACAUUUGGCUCCAUUGUUGCUCUGUUUCCUGCUCUCAUUGUAGUUCUCACCCCUUGUAACCGUGACUCUCAUUGCAAUACAAGUGCUCCUCUUGUAAAAAAAUAAAUAAAUAAGGAGAUUCACGAAUUUAUUGGGUGAGGCAGUAAGAUAAAGGUGAGUUUUUUUUUACCAAAAGAGCUACUUAUAUUACAAUUUGGAAGAGCGAUUAUAGAUGGUGGAGGUGGAGAAUACAAAAAUUGACAAAAAGCUCAAGAACCCCCAAACAACCAUAAGGAUAUAUCCUGUUGGAAAGAUGCAUCAUUAAGAGGGGAAAAAAAAGCAUAAAACAACUCCAACUAAGGGGAGCCAAAGCCUCAGACCUCAGUCAAAACAAAAGUAUCCUAAAACCCUCACACAACUGCCACCGUCGAAGAAGCACCAAAACAGGAGUGAGCAUAUGACACAACACAUGACCAUGGCAAUGAGUAUAACAAUACCAUAAGCCUCCUUCUAGAAACCAUUCACAGACGACUUAUCACAAUGAAUCUCGGUUUUUUUAUUACAUUUUGGGGAACACGAAGACUGAAGUUGUAUUGAUCAGAGUUUACAGGGCCAGAGAAACCGGAGUCCGCAGACUAGGUCCAAGGAGAAAAGGGAAACCAGAGGGUUGGAGGCAAGCCCAACAUAAAACCCAAACCAAAUAAAAUAAACCUACAACUUGAAGCCCGAACCCAUGCAGGGCCAUCAGAUGAAUUGAAGCCCAAAUCCAAAUCAUCUUUUCCUGGGCUUGUCAGGAAGCCGGAAAAUAAUAGUGACACACACCACAUACGCAUUAGCUCCUGAUAAUAAUUAAACCCUUGACUGUGGAUAUCCGACCCUCGCGACCUAGUUAACACGGAGAAUUCCCGUUUUGACCAUGUAUGAGAUGGGUAUGGAUAAUAUUUGUAAAAAUUAUGAUAGGUACACUUACAGGACGAGUAUGGUUUUAGCCUCCUCCGCCCCAUACCCAUACUCAUACCCACCCACUAAGAACAUUUCUUCACAUAUAAAAAAUACAUGGAUCAAAUUGUAAGUAUCGUGCCACCCAAAUCAAAACCUAACUCAUUUCUCUCAAUUCUCCCUUCAUUGUUUCACUUUUGCCUCUUGUUAAUAACAUUAUGUUAGUUAA